ACUUCUCGAUAAACUGCUGAACGAUGGCCAACGGCACUGGAAACGGACGAUUAGAAAAGCAAACCGAUCAAAGUAUCGCCUGUGCCACGGAAAAUGACGACAAUCAGUCGAAAGAAGGCAUCCCUUUGUCCAGGAAACUGUGCUAUGCCAUUGGAGGAAUGCCUUAUCAAAUGACUGCAAACGCCAAGGGCUUUUUCAUGCAGAUCUUUUUACUGGAUGUUGUGAAAAUGGGAGCCUUUUAUGCAUCCCUCAUUCUCUUCCUCGGUCGAGCUUGGGAUGCUGUUACAGAUCCUCUGAUUGGAUAUGCUGUGAGCAAAAGUGGCCGGACUAGAAUUGGCAAACUUAUUCCUUGGAUUGUGUUUACCAUGCCGCUCGGGAUCCUGUCAUACAUCAUGCUCUGGUAUACCCCGCAGGACGCCAUGUCCCCUGCCUUCAGUUUCAGCUGGUACUUCAUAUGGUGUUGUCUGUUUGACACCUUUAUGAGUUGCUACCAUGUGCCAUAUUCCUCCCUAAACAUGUUUCUGGGGGGAAAUCAGAAGGAUCGAGACUCAGCUACUGGAUACAGAAUGGGCAUGGAAGUGUUUGCCACACUGGCAGGAGCCACCAUUCAGGGGCAGAUAGUCGGGGUUCACCAUGCUAAGAGGACACAUGACUGCAGCUUACAGAACAACACGCAAGAGCUUUCUGGAAACUACACUGGCUCACUGGAUGGCAUUUCUGACACUUUACAAAAUACAAGAAGAGCCUAUUUGACUGGCGCACUUGUAUUAGGAAUGCUGUACUUUCUGUGCUGCCUCAUACUUUUUCUUGGAGUGAAGGAACAGUUGGCGCCUCUGAGUAACCUGGACCGCAUAAAUGUCCCCUAUCUAACUGGAAUGAAGAUGGUUGUGGGACACACUCCAUACGUGCGGCUUGUGUUUGGCUUCCUCUUUUCUUCGCUAGCAUUUCAGAUGGCUCAGGGGAAUUUUGCCCUCUUCUGUACUCAUGCAGCGAAUAUGGGAGGAUAUUUCCAACAUCUUGUUCUUAUAUUACUGACAUCAGCGACAAUAUCUAUCCCAAUGUGGCAGACAAUAUUGGUCAAAAUAGGAAAGAAGACCACCAUAUUCAUCGGCCUUUCAGUUUAUAUCCCAGCUCUAACUGUAAUAUCUCUAGUGAACAGUAAUUUACCCGUCUUCAUUAUUAUGUCGGUGAUAUCUGGCACAAGUCUGGCAGCUCUCUAUCUACUCCCUUGGUCGAUGCUGCCAGAUGUAGUGGAUGACUUUAAAGUCAAGAACCCAUCGUGCCAGGAUCUAGAGCCACUGUUCUACUCCUGCUAUGUGUUCUUCAACAAAUUCGGAGGAGGAUUGUCGGUUGGAGUGUCUACCCUGGUAUUACACUUUGUAGGAUACAAGCCUGGAGCUUGUAAACACAAUGCAGAGGUCAUUUACGCACUCCGGAUUCUCUUUGCUCCUGUGCCCAUCUGCCUGAUUCUCAUCGGCAUGGUGCUUUUUUACUUCUAUCCCAUCAAUGAAGAGCGACGACGGAAAAUCCAGGAAGCUUUAAGUAAAACAGGGACAGAGAGCGGCUUGAAAGGAGAAGAAGAAAUGAGGCUAUGAAGUAAUCAGUGACUUUCUCUACUUUUGUAACACUGCAGCAGCUAUUAAUCAUGAACAUGCUUUGCUUCAUCUCAGCGUAAAGGUUUUGGGAUUUUGUUAAGUCCCGCUCAAGGGGACCCCGACUCUUUUUAGGAGUCUCACUAAUCUUACAGACUCAUUCCCAGUCAUGAAGAUAUCGACUAAUGAGCUGACGAGAUGAAUAAAAGAGACAUUAAUAUUUAUAUUUAACAGUUGACAGUUUAAUGACUCAAUGAUUACUAGAUAUCAAGAGUUCAGAUACAAAAACGUCUAAAUGCCAUCUGUAACGUUCCUCUAAAGUUGGCGUUUUUCUCAGCCUCCUGUUUAUGUUUAGUUAUUUCACUUUAAAGGCAAUGAAAAUAACCUAUUCUUUGCACUGAGUAAUUAUUACUGAAAAUUUUUGAUGGAAAUUUCAGACAGCACUGGAGUUUUUUGCAUUUAAACUCAUUAUCUAUAGCACUAACUAGAAUAAUAAGUAGACAAACUUUGAAGUUGGCCCGCAAAGGUUUAAAAUAGGCUAGUUCAAAAGAGUGAUUUAGCACAGAGCUAAGAUGUUUUUACAAAAAGCAUCAUGUUUCAAGUAGGAUUUAACCCACUUAAUAAAAUCUUUUAGCAUGUAGAAUGUUUCUAGCACGAUUCAUCACAUUGUCCUAAUAUAGGCUGACAGACAUAUAUAUGUUACUAGCAAGCAUUACCCAGUUUCUGGAAUGAUUUAGAAUACUGCUAGAAUGCAUUUUAUAUGUAUCAAUUUAUGUCACAAUAAAUGAUUUAAUACGCUUCCAAGAGCAGGUUUUAGGACAAAGCAUGACUUAACAUACUGCAAACGUAUUUUAACAUGGCAGAGAUGUGAAAUACUUUAAUUAAAUAUACUUGUAGGUAUUUUUUUAAUAAGUAAUUUGUAUUUUUAUGCAUGAAAAAAACCUGGAAUCAGUUUUCAUACUGUGCUGUCUUAAGUGAAAGCAGUUAAAUAGCAAUGCUACUCUAGAACUUACUUAGCUUGAAAGUUAGCUAAUGCUAGCUAUAUUUGAUUCUUUUUGAUAAAACAAUCAGUGAAAUUUGUUUUUUCUUGCUAAAUAUUUCUAACCACGGCUGCACGGUAACGCAGUGGGUAGCAUGUUCGCUUUACAGCAAGAUGGUUGCUGGUUUGAGCCUCGGCUGGGUCAGUUGGCGUUUCUGUGUGGAGUUUGCAUGUUCUCUCCGUGUUCGUGUGGGUUUCCUCUGGGUGCUCCGGUUUCCCCCACAAGUCAAAAGACAUGUGGUUCAGGUGAAUUUGGUAGGCUAAAUUGUCCAUAGUGUAUGUGUGUGAAUGAAUGUGUAUGGAUCUUUGCCAGUGAUGGGUUGCAGCUGGAAGGGCAUCCGCUGCGUAAAACAUAUGCUGGAUAAGUUGGCGCUUCAUUCCGCUGUGGCGACCCCAGAUUAAUAAAGGGACUACGCUGAAAAAGAAAAUUAAUAAAUGAAUUUCUAACCACCUUUUGAGUUGGGCUGGGCUGUAUAACAGUAUAUAUUUUGGCACUGGGCUGUUUAAACUUUUUACACCUUGUACACCAAAUAAAAUCUAUGAGUCUGGAUAAAGCAGUGACUUCCAGAUUAAGACUGUUAAGGCUGUUAAAGUUUCUGUCCUGUAAGUUGUCCACUUUUUGAUACACACUUGAAGCUACACAGACCUAUACAAUAUAUGCAUCCCAAAUUGCAUAGGCUACUUGUGCAGUAUUCUACGCCAUUCUUAGCAUAAAUAGUGUGAGCAGUGUAAUCCCCCCCGAAAGUUCUAAAAAGUGUUCUUGAAAGACCUGGAUGAUACUUAUUCAAACUGAAGUGAGGAAUGUUGAACACUUCAUGCACUCACCUUUGCUUACGCAGCUGAAUGAAAGGAGCUAUAGAGAGCUAAAGUUGGAUUAUUAUACUAUAUUUUAUAUGGUGCAAGCAAAAUUUUCAUAUGGAGAUGUUUACAUGAUAGUAAAUGUGACUGUUUCCUCCGGGUGCUCCGGUUUACCCAACAGUCCAAAGACAUGCGCUAUAGGUGAAUUGGGUAAGCUAAAUAGUCUGUAGUGUAUGUGUGUGAAUAAGAGUGUAUGGGUGUUUCCCAGUGAUGGGUUGCAACAUAUCUGCUGCGUCAAACACAUGCUGGAUAAGUUGGCAGUUCAUUCUGCUUGCAACCCCUGAUUAAUAGAAAAGAAAUUAAAAGAAAAUGAAUGAUUGCAUAAAUGUGACUGUUCUUAUUACAGACACUAUUUGGUCGUUUGUAGAAAACAUUUAAGUGUUCCAUAUGGAUCACACUAAACUCAUACUCUAUGGCUAAGUGUAUAAGUGCACAGUGUGUAAAUACAUACAGUAUAGUGCAGUGCUAGGGAACCUAUGGCUCGCGAGCCACAUGUGGCUCUUCAACAAAAAAUACAUGGCUCUCCAGCUCCAGCUGACUCCCUUCAAUAAUUUUUGAAAGUUUAAAAACUUGUAACCAUCACUAGAAAUCAGUUUUCUAUUGAAAAUACAAUUACAAUUUUUACAUUUCGAUCAAUGUACGUGUGCGGUGCUGUGGAUAAAACUGAAUCGCGACACCAAUGAAGGGCAAAUGCGUGUGCGUGGUUACCAUAAAAAUAUAAGUUGUUUUGCCCUUUAUUUACUCAUUAACAGUAAAAUAUUGUUUUUUGUUAUUCAAUAGUGAAAAUCAAUAUAACAAUAAUAUAUGUUCUUUUAAACUAGCCAAAAUGAUUGUAGCAUACUU